UAUAUAUUUUUUUUUUGUUUAUUUACAUAUAAUAUAAUAUAAUACUACUUGAGUUAAUGGUGAAAUUUAUAUGAAUUAGUUGGGGAUAUUGAAGUUUGAAAAUAUAUUUACUGGGUCAAAGAAUGAUUUUAACUAAUUGUUAAUAUCAGCUCCCCUUGCGUAACCAGAGAGCAGUUAUUUAAAAAGAGAGUGGUAAGCUCAUACAAAGCCUAUACCGUAAAACCAACUCCAAAAUAGUUGAAUGAAAGAAAGAAAUUAACAUGGACUGAGAUUCUUUCCCCCCUUAUAGUGGUGAACCUAUUUCAUUGGAUGUUACAGUGGAGAAAUCCUGUACCAGAGAGCAAGCAGUGAGUCUCCGCUUUUAUUUCAACUCUCAAACAACUAAUAUUAAUUACCUCUUUUCCAUACAAUAACAGCUGUCUUUCUUUGCAUACACGGUUACCAUCUUCAUUUGUGAAGGUGUAUGUAUACAGAGGACUAUUAUAAAGAGCUCCUCCCUCAGAGAAGUUCCCACCCUAAACCCUAAAACGAACAUAUCAAAAGUAGUUGAAAAGGAGAAAUACUUUAAUAUGGUAGAGGUUUAUGAAUUCUGGACUAUAAUAGUUACACUCGUAGUGGUAAAGCUAUGUCAUUGGAUCUAUAAGUGGAGGAAUCCAACAAGUAAUGGAAAACUUCCUCCAGGAUCAAUGGGUUUCCCAAUCAUCGGAGAGACGUUGGAGUUCAUGAAGCCUCAUGAUGCUUUUCAGUUGCCAACAUUCUUGACGAAGAAAAUCCUCAGACAUGGACCAGUGUUUCGGACAAGCUUAUUUGGAGCCAGAGUUAUUAUAUCAACUGAUAUCGGAUUGAACAUGGAGAUAGCAAAGACUAAUCAUGUUCCUGGUGCGCCUAAGAGCUUAGCGCGAUUUUUUGGGGAAAACAACUUGUUUGUAAAGAGUAAGGAGUCCCAUAAGCAUGUUCGGAACUUGACAUCCCAGUUCCUAGGUUCACAAGGUUUGAGAUUGAGGAUGAUACAAGACAUUGAUUCUUUGGCUCGCACACACAUGGAGUUAGGAGCUAAGAAUGGUGGUCUUGAUAUCAAGGAAACAUCAAGCAAGAUCUUAAUUGAAUGUCUUGCGAAGAAAGUUAUGGGUGAUAUGGAACCCCAUGCAGCAAAAGAACUAACACAAUGUUGGGGAGGUUUUCCUAGAGGGUGGUUUCGUUUCUCAUGGAGCAUUCCUGGGAAUGGUGUCUAUAGAAUGUUGAAGGCAAGAAACCAGAUGAUGAAUUUACUAAAAGAGACUGUGUUGAAGAAGAGAGCAUCAGGAGAGGAGCUUGGGGAGUUUUUCAAGAUCAUAUUUGGGGAAACAGAAGGAGGAUCGAAAAAGAUGAGCAUAGAGAAUGCGAUUGAAUACAUAUUUACUUUCUUUGUGAUUGCUAACGAGACAACGCCAGGAGUCCUUGCAGCUACUGUAAAGCUCAUAAACGACAAGCCUAGAGUCAAGCAGGAGUUGCAAAGAGAGCAUAAGCGAAUUUUCCAGGAUAAGACCGAGAAGGACGAGGCCGACCUAACAUGGGAAGACUACAAAUCAAUGACUUUCACCCAGAUGGUGAUAAAUGAGUCUCUAAGGAUCACAAGCACGGUGCCUACAAUGCUUAGAAUCGUUGAACACGAAACACAUGUUGGUGAUUACACAAUUCCAGCUGGCUGGAUUUUCAUGGGCUUUCCUAGUGUCCAUUUUAAUCCAGAAAAGUAUGAGGACCCCUUAGCAUUUAAUCCAUGGCGUUGGGAGGGAAAAGACUUAGGUGUGAUUCUCUCGAGGACUUACAUGCCUUUUGGCGCUGGUUCUAGACUGUGUUUAGGAGCUGAGUUUGCUAAGAUGCAGAUGGCCAUUUUUAUCCAUCAUUUGUGUAGAUACACGUGGUCAAUGAAGACAGAGACUAAAGUACUUCGGAGGUUUAUACUUAUGUUUCCACGUGGAUCUGAUGUUCAAAUCUCUGAAGACACUGAAGUGGAUAAUUCUGCUGUCUACUAGGUGGUUAUAUCCCAUUUGAGGUCGUUGGUUUGAAGCCCAAAAUAUAGUAGUGGUACAAAUAUAUAUUUAUAUAUAUACCAGUAUUGUAAUAGGUAUCCGUUAUUAUGUUGUGUGUUUUUGUAUGUUUCUUUUGAAUUGAAUAAGAAGGUAAGCUAACCUCGGUCUCUUAGUCGAAAUUCUUAGCUCAUGAUUUGAUAUAUUUUUUUUUUACA